AUGUUGACUGCCUUCAGAAGGAACUCAAGGCUAUUGCGUGCUGGUUCAAGGGGUUUGGCUUCCGUUGCUCCACAUGUGCGGACUUCUGUUCUGCCUAACGGUUUGACGGUGGCCACUGAGAAAAUCCCCCAAUGCGAAACUGCAACUGUUGGUGUAUGGAUAGACGCCGGAUCGCGUGCCGAUGUCUCUGAUAGCACAAGUGGAACUGCUCAUUUCCUGGAGCAUCUUGCUUUUAAGGGAACCAAUAGCAGAACUCAGUUCAAUCUGGAGCUCGAAGUGGAGAACUGUGGGUCUCACCUUAAUGCCUACACUUCCAGGGAAAAUACGGUGUACUACGCCAAGUCGCUAAAAGAAGAUAUCCCAAGAGCUGUUGAUAUUCUUUCUGAUAUCCUCACUCGUUCGAAGUUGGAAAGAAUUGCCAUCGAAAAGGAAAGGCCAGUGAUUAUCAGAGAGAGUGAAGAGGUUGACAAGAUGUAUGACGAGGUGGUGUUCGACAGACUUCAUGAGGUCACCUUCAAAGGCCAACCUCUAGGAAGAACUAUUCUGGGACCAAUAGAAAACAUCAAGUCUCUGACCAGAGAAGACCUCAAGAACUAUAUCGAAACCAACUACAAGGGCGACAGGAUGGUGUUGGUUGGUGCUGGUGCGGUUGAUCACGAACAGCUAGUUGAGCUGGCGCAAAAGAGCUUCGGCCAUGUUCCCAUUAGUGAGAAGAGCAUACCACUGGGAUCACCCAGAGGUGACUUGCCGAGGUUUUACGGCGAAGAGGUGAGAGUGGUGGACACUUCUCUGCCAAACACUUAUAUUGCCCUUGCCGUAGAAGGUGUUUCCUGGAGUGCCCCAGACUAUCUCACGGGAUUGGUCACGCAGGCUGUUGUUGGAAACUGGGACAGGGCCAUGAAUUCGGGUUCGCAUUCGCCUUCUCCUUUGGCUGUGAAAGUUUCCACUGGGUCAGGAAACGGAGAGCCAUUGGCAAACUCAUACAUGUCCUUCUCUACCUCGUACUCGGACACUGGUCUCUGGGGAAUGUACUUGGUACUGGAUAAAGAUGCCAACAUAGAGCCUUUGGUUGAGUGCGUACUUCAAGAGUGGGAAAGACUCAGAAAGGGAGAAAUCACCGAACAGGAGGUCGAGACUGCAAAAGCUCAGCUCAAGGGCUCUCUCUUACUCUCUCUUGAUGGUACCACGGCCAUAGCCGAGGAUAUCGGGAGACAACUGGUCACCACCGGUCACAGAAUGUCACCCCAAGAGGUUUUUGAUAGAGUGGAUAAGAUCACCAGAGACGAAGUUGUCCAAUGGGCCAAGUACAGAUUGCAGGAUAAGCCCAUUGCUGUUGCGGCUUUAGGAACUCUCAACACUCUUCCUGCCCACUCGAAGAUCGCCCAAGGAAUGUCCACGUGA